AGGAGCACAGCUGGGGGAAGGAAGCGGGCCAAAGCCAGGGACAUAACCCCUUGUUCGCGGCCGGAGGAAAUUUGGCCUCGACUGAUUCCGUAAAGGAGGAAGAGGCCCCGGAGCGGCUGCGGCGAUGGAUGUUACUCAGCCCAAGCAGGAGCAUCUCUUGGCCCUGAAAGGUCCUGUUUUCUUCUGAACUGCACAGCACAUGGCAUGAAAAGAUUCUUUUAAGUGAUUAUAUCAUUAGUGAUGAAGCUGCUGUCCAAGAAACAUUUAAAAUAAGAACAUGUGGAUUCCUGUUGUACAAGCAUGGAGGUGAUUCUGCACUAUCGAGCAUGGCAAAGGGACCCUGCGGCAUUGCAAAGAAUCACAGAAGAGGCACUGAAAGAAUUUCCUGUUAGGAAGCUCCCAAGUUUCAUACCUUGGUUUCCAAAUGACUUGCGCCAACUUCCCCUCAAACCUAAAAGAAUCGCUCCAAUUAUUUCUGGUGAAGAAGUAGAGCAAAUGAAACAACAUAUUGCAGCCAUGGAAACUGUUUGCAGCUCCCCAUCUUAUGAUUGUACAGCAGGGCUUAAGGAAUUUCAUCCUGAUGUAAAAGCUGGGAAGUGUUUGCAAGCUGAGCGUGAAAGAAACAAUUUUAGCAAUUUGGAAAAGCAAACGGCAAGCAGCAAGCUGAAGCUGAGAAGGUCUUGGAGUGUGUCUCUUCCCAACUCUAAGCUCAAAGACAAGAUUCUUCCUUUAUCUAGAGAACUGCAGAGCACUUUAGACAAAUUAAAGCUCCAUGCAUUCUAUAGAGCACAGUGGAUAAUUGAACCGUCUACAUUUGGUAGUCAAACAUUGGAGGACAUUUGGGUAAAGCUCAACAAGAUGAUCAAACACAAUGAACUGCCAUCUUGUAAUGCUACGAUCCAGAGAUGUGAAGGACAGAUUUCAGUUUUCUGUGACAUACUGUACUGUGAAUAUGUUGCCAACAAUCUUAGGGAAAAAUUAAACCUUUUGGGGAAAAUAAAUUUGUUUGUUCACAAAUAUGGAAUCAUACAUAGUUUGUAGCUUUAUAACAAGGCAUUGCUACUUUCUGUGAAACGUUAUAUUUUAAAUACAUUUUGUUGCCUUACAAUGUUUUUAAUUUUUUUUGAAAAAAUCUGUGGUACUGGCAGGGCAGGAAAAAGCAGGACAUCUCAAGCAAACUGAUCUCUACAAGACUGGAUUAUGCUUUGUUUUAAGUUCUCAAAGAGUCUGUGACUACUUUAGAAGAUGUCCCUUAUAAGAUGAUUGCCCCUUGUAAGCGUGAUGCAAUGAAUGAAAUGCCCUUCCACAUUUGUUUGGAAUGAUUUGUCUAAAAUUAAUGAACAAUAAAAAGAAAGGCUGCUGUGUUGGAGUAAUACUUUCUAAACUUUAAUUUUAUGAAGUCCAUCAUGCUGAUAUAUUUGCUUCCCUUUUUGCGUGUUUGGCCUACAUUUUUGCUUCCUAUAGAUUGUAAUCACAUCGGCAAUGGGCAGAAUGUUGUCCUACUGGCCAUUAUGUUCUGUACAGAGGCAAGACUUCUUUGUGUUCUUAGCAGCCCUUAGAAAAUGUAUGCCAUCUAAACAUGGUCAUUUGUAAGCAAAUUCUAUUGCAAUCACAUACCCUCCAACAUUUCUCUACUAUUCUCUAUUGUUAUUAUUAUACCUCAGCAUCUGACUGGGUUGCCCCAGCAACUCUGGGUUGCUUCCAACAUAUAUAAAAAUAUAAUAAAACUGUAAACAUUAAAAAUCUUCCCUGUACAGGGCUAUCUUCAGGGGUCGGAUAACUCCAUACCCUCCAACGUUUCUCUGAUGAAAAUUGGGACAUACUAAGGAAAAGCAGGACAUUCUGGGAUCAAAUCAGAAAUUGGGACAGCUACUGUAAAUCCAGGACUGUCCCUGGAAAAUAGGGACACUUGGAGGGUCUACAAUUGAUAGUUUGUAGGCCCUGGUCCAGCCUUAAUAUCUACAUUUGAAUGAAUGGGGAAAGCAUUGGUUGACUGGACACCCCCCCCCCGCCAUCUGCCUUAGGGGGAGUCAACUGUCCUUUGGACCAAACAACUGCUUACAAAUGGUACUCAACACGGUUGGAUAAGGAUCAAGGCAGUUAUGAGUAUUGUGUUUUGUUAAAAUGAUUUUUGCAGUUAUCCAUGAUUAUCCUAAAACAUUUUUAAAAAUAUUAUUGGUGGGAUUUUUAAGAAAAUGGAUAUGCAUGCUUUUUGUCUUUGCUCAAAUAUCAGUGUGAACGAACACUUCAUGCAUUUCUAGUUGUUUUCACAUUAAGCCCAAUUUCAUCUCCUUUUCUUGUGCUCAGUACAAACAAACAAAAUACAUAAACUUGGGCAGAAUGCCAGGGACAAGGUAAUAUCCAAACAGGUCUUAUUGUUCUUAUUUUGAAGUUAAAUAUGUUGAGCUUCUAGUGAAGUCCUGGUGAUGAGGAGUGUGAUUAAUGUGGAAUUUGCUUUCUAA